GUUAGUGUGUCAGAGACCGUCUGAGUGCGCACACACACACUCUGCGCCCCGCUCUGUGGGCACACACGAGCACUGACGCACACGCGCGCACACAGACUGUCUGCGGGAGCAGAGAGAAACAGAGCGAGAGAGAGAAAGACAGAGAUAGAGAGAAAGAAAGAGAGAGAGAGAGAGAUCCAGUCUAAUUCGAAUCCAACUUUCUGUUUCUUCUUAUCCACCAAUGCGAGGAUUGUAUCACUGUUUCCUCAGUUAUUAUCACUGCUGUCCCGAACCACGGAAAACCAGUUGAAGGACCAGACGGGAGUAUGUCAAAUAAUCUGCACCACUAAGUAAAAGAAGAAGAGAAAAAGACAAAAGAAAUGGAUAAACGGAGUCUUUGUCCCCUUUUCCUUCACAAUCUUCUCUUCUUUGCACUUCUGGGUUUUACUGAAGGACAAUUCUUUCCAGGUGGCUGCACGUUUGAAGAGUCGUAUAGCAGCUGUGGGUACAGCGUUUCCCUGGGAACCAAUGGAUUUACCUGGGAACAAGUGAACUCCUGGGAAAAACCCACCAUGGAUCCUGCCCUGCCUACAGGUUCAUUCAUGGUCGUGAAUGCGUCAGGCAGGGCGUCGGGACAGAAGGCCCACCUGUAUAUGCCCACACUGAAGGAGAACGACACUCACUGCAUCGACUUCCUUUAUUCUCUGUCUAGCAGAGAUGGAGCCAGUCCAGGCACACUAAAUGUCUAUAUCAAGGUGAAUGGAGGUGCUCAAGGUAACCCAGUGUGGAACGCUUCUGAUACUGUUACUGAAGGCUGGGUGAAGGCUGAGCUGGCCAUUUCUACAUUCUGGCCCAACUCCUACCAGGUAAUAUUUGAAGCAGUCUCAGUCCAAGGACAUCCAGGUUUCAUCGCGAUUGACGACAUACGAGUUCUGGCUCAUCCCUGCCGUAAAGCCCCUCACUUCCUGCGCCUGCAGAAUGUGGAAGUGAACGUGGGUCAGAAUGCUACCUUUCAGUGUACCGCUGGCGGGAAAUGGUCUCAGCAUGAUAAACUCUGGCUUCAGCAGUGGAACGGUAAGGACACAGCGUUGAUGGUGACCAGGGUGGUGAACCAUCGGCGUUUCUCAGCAACUGUCAGUGUUGGCGACACGUCCCAGCGCAGCACCAGCCGCUACCGCUGUGUCAUCAGAUCAGACGGCGGGUCAGGCGUGUCCAACUAUGCCGACCUCAUUGUCAAAGCUCCACCCACCCCUAUUGCCCCACCAGAGCUGCUUGCCGUUGGCGCCACCUACCUAUGGAUUAAGCCCAACGCCAACAGCAUCAUAGGUGAUGGGCCGAUCAUCCUGAAAGAAGUGGAAUACCGCACCACUUCGGGGAACUGGGCAGAGACCCAUGUGGUCGAUGCCCCUACCUACAAGCUAUGGCAUCUGGACCCAGAUGUGGAGUACGAAAUCAAGGUCCUGCUCUCCAGACCCGGAGAGGGAGGCACUGGGCCACCGGGGCCUCCGUUGGUAACCAGGACUAAAUGUGCAGAUCCAGUCCAUGGUCCCCAAAGCGUCAAUGUGGUGGAUGUCAGAGCCCGUCAGCUGACUAUACAAUGGGAGACGUUUGGAUAUGCUGUCACUCGCUGCCACAGCUACAAUCUGACGGUGCAGUACCAAUAUGUGUUCAACCAGCAAGAGUUUUCAGCAGAGGAGUUGAUCCAGACAUCAUCACAUUACACUCUUAGGGGGCUGAGGCCUUUUGUCAACGUCAAACUGCGGCUGGUCCUGGCUAACCCUGAAGGCAGCAAGGAGAGUGAGGAGAUAGUCAAACAGACAGAGGAGGAUGUGCCCGGCUCAGUGCCGAUGGAGUCGCUCCAGAAUACGCCCUAUGAAGAGAAGAUCUUCAUGCAGUGGAAAGCUCCCAAUGAAACCAACGGGGUCAUCACACUGUACGAGAUCACCUACAAGGCCCUGAGCUCGUUGGAUCCCAGUGCAGAUCUGACCACCCAGAGGGGACGAGUGUUCAAGUUGAGGAAUGAGACCCAUCAUCUGUUUGUCAGUCUCUACCCAGGGACAACCUACUUCUUUACCCUGAAGGCCUCCACAAACAAGGGCUUUGGACCCCCCAUUACCACCCGCAUCACCACCAAGAUUGCAGCCCCAAUGAUGCCAGAGUACGAGUCUGAGGCUCCACUGAAUGAGACAGAGACCACUAUUACCAUCCUGCUAAAGCCUGCUCAGUCACGUGGAGCACCUAUAAGCUCUUAUCAACUUGUCGUGAAAGAGGAGCGCAAGUCCAAGACCCGACGCUCUGCAUCCGAAGUCUCCGAAUGUUUUCCCGCCCCGGUCAGCUUUCGCAAUGCCUCCAUCUUGGACUCUUCCUACUACAUUGCUGCUGACCUACCGCCGUCCAGCCUCACGGUGGUACAGCCGUUCACGGUCGGAGACAACAAGAGCUACGGCGGUUUCUGGAAUCCUCCGCUGUCUCCUGCCAAAAGUUACAGCAUCUACUACCAGGCGAUGAGCAGAGCCAAUGGGGAAACCAAAAUCAACUGUGUCCGCCUGGCUAACAAAGUGGUAAUAGGUAGGGGACAAAUAACAACGCCGUACAUUCUAGUCAUCCCAAGCGAAGGUGCGUCCACCCAGGACUCAGAUGCCAUGGAGCCAGAGAAGCAGGUAGACAGCACAGUGAAAAUGGCUGGUGUGAUCGCAGGGAUCCUCAUGUUCAUCAUCAUCCUCCUCGGCGUUGUUCUCACCUUCAAACGCAGAGAGAUUCACACAUGGAGAACUCUGAGCGUGGGAAGACAUGCUUAUUCCUACUCUUAUUACCUGAAGCUGGCAAAGAAGCAGAAGGAGACUGCCAGCAGCUCCACUCAGCAGAGGGAGAUGGGUCCGGUCACAACAGCUGAUAAGAGCACCACUAAAGUCAGCACCCUGCACAAAGACGACCCCUUCUCCACCUCAAGCCAGGACCUCAACGGAUUCACCUCCCCCUCUACAUGUUCCUUCUCCAUGCAGGGAAGCAAGACACUGCAGAGCAAGUCCCUGCUGAACUCCUAUUACUCAGUGUCCAAAGAGCCAGUACCAGCGACAACCUCUAUAGACAGUAGCCAGCCAUCACUCUCCCAGCCGUCUCUGACCCUGCAGAGUUUUCCCUAUGGAGGCUGUGAGUCUGUGGAGCUCUCCUACCAGAGCGGUCAGUUCCAGGCAGGCCAGUUUCAGCCAGCUAUCCGAGUUGCCGACCUCCUUCAACACAUCACCCAGAUGAAAUGUGGACAAGGCUAUGGCUUCAAGGAGGAGUAUGAGGCCCUGGCAGAGGGACAGACGGCCCCCUGGGAAACAGCCAAGAAGGAGGAGAACCGCAACAAGAAUCGAUAUGGCAACAUCAUCGCUUAUGACCACACCAGAGUCCGACUGCAGCUGCUGGAGGGAGACCCCCAUUCUGACUACAUCAACGCCAAUUACAUUGACGGGUACCAUAGACCCAGACAUUACAUCGCCACACAAGGGCCCAUGCAGGAGACAGUGAGGGAUUUCUGGAGGAUGGUCUGGCAGGAAAACUCAGCCUCCAUUGUCAUGGUUACCAACCUGGUGGAAGUGGGCAGAGUGAAGUGUGUGCGUUACUGGCCUGACGAGACUGAGGUGUACGGAGACAUCAAGGUGACCCUGAUAGAAACUGAACCACUGGCAGAAUACGUCAUACGGACAUUCACCGUCCAAAAGAAGGGCCAUCAUGAAAUCCGCGAACUACGCCAGUUUCAUUUCACCAGCUGGCCUGACCAUGGAGUUCCCUGUUAUGCCACCGGACUGCUGGGUUUCAUACGACAGGUCAAGUUCCUCAACCCUCCAGAUGCUGGGCCCAUAGUGGCACACUGCAGUGCCGGUGCAGGGAGGACAGGCUGCUUCAUUGCAGUGGACAUUAUGCUGGACAUGGCAGAGAAUGAAGGCGUGGUGGACAUUUUCAAUUGCAUCAGAGAGCUGAGAUCACAACGAGUCAACAUGGUGCAAACUGAGGAGCAGUAUGUGUUUGUUCACGAUGCCAUCCUGGAGGCGUGUCUAUGUGGAAACACAGCCAUACCCGUGUGUGAGUUCAGAGCCAUUUACUACAACAUCAGCAGACUGGACCCACAGACUAACUCCAGCCAGAUUAAAGACGAAUUCCAGACUCUGAAUAUAGUGACCCCUAGAGUCCGUCCAGAGGAUUGCAGUGUGGGUUUGCUACCCAGGAACCAUGACAAGAACCGAAGUAUGGACGUCCUAUCAGCAGACCGGUGCCUGCCUUUCCUCAUAUCUGUGGAUGGAGAGAGCUCUAAUUACAUCAAUGCUGCAUUGAUGGAUAGUCACAAACAGCCAGCAGCUUUCAUUGUUACACAGCAUCCCUUGCCAAACACGAUGGGUGACUUCUGGAGGCUGGUGUUUGACUACAACUGCUCUUCCAUUGUAAUGCUCAAUGAGAUGGAUGCAGCACAGUUAUGUAUGCAGUACUGGCCGGAGAAGAGUUCAUGUUGCUAUGGUCCCAUUCAGGUGGAAUUCAUAUCAGCAGACAUUGAUGAAGACAUCAUAAACCGAAUCUUCAGGAUCUGCAACAUGGCAAGGCCACAGGACGGUUACCGCCUGGUGCAGCACUUCCAGUUCAUUGGAUGGCCGGCCUACAGGGACACACCUCUCUCUAAGCGCUCUAUCCUCCAGUUGGUCAGGAGGCUGGCGAAGUGGCAGGAGCAGUAUGACGGAGGAGAUGGGAGGACUGUGGUACACUGCCUUACCGGCGGAGGGCGUUCGGGAACGUUCUGUGCCAUCUGCAGCAUCAACGAGAUGAUCCAGCAGCAAAACAUUGUGGAUGUUUUCCAUACCGUCAAAACGCUGAGGAACAACAAGACUAAUAUGGUGGAGACUAUGGAACAGUACAAGUUCUGCUACGAAGUGGCUCUGGAGGCGCUCACCUCCUUCUGAUUCGCUGCGAGCCAAAAUUCUCUUUUCUGAUUCGCUGUUGAUGCUGCCUGUCAUUCUCAACAUCAGGACACACAGAAGUGCAAAACUGCUUUGUACAGUCCUGAACCCAACCUGUGAGCACGUGUGCCUGUGUGCCUGUGUGUGUGUGUGUGUGUGUGUGUGUGCCUGUGUGCGCGCGUGUGAACGAGAGCGCAUGCUUGCAUACUUGUAUGUGUGUGUGAGUGGAAACUAUAUGUGUGCCUGUGACAACACAUACACACACAACCUGUACAGAGAAAAAGAAAAAAAAGAAGAAGCUACAAACAUACACACUGGCGAAUGUCUUGUGUGUGUUUUCCUCAGUAAGACUGGAGUCUUUACCUGCUUGUACAAAGAAAAUCGAAAAAUUAUGUUAAAAAAAAAAAGAACAGAUGUUUAAAAAAAGCGACACUUUUUCCUUCCUUCUCUCUCUUGACUCUGCUGGGCUGUGAUGUGACUAUUGUACAGUAUUUCCUUUUUAGAUAUAUCCUAUGUCUUGAAUGUUGUCUCCCUGUGAAGGCUGGAUGCACACUGGAAGGUUUUGUUGGGGGAAAUUUCACGUUUAGCUCAAGCGAAACGUCAACUGUAAUAUUUAUCCACUCAGAGUUUGUGCAGAAAGUAACGCGACUGAGUUCAUCUAAAGUGAUGCUGUUGGAUCAAAGCAAAAACCACAGACACUUAAUAUUUCGGACCUGAUACAUUUUCCUCUUGAUUGUAGAAAUGUUAAAUGUAAAUGACACUUGUAAUUGAAAUUGUCAGCAUGUUUUCUUUUCUCUUUUUUUUUUUUUUCAUAUGGCAUCAAUCGCAAAACACACUUGCAACUUUGUUUUGACCAAAACCUGUUGCUUUAACUCAGACAUUGGUGUUAAAGUUAAACCAGGGAGGAUGGUGUGUUAAUUGCUACAAGGCGCAGGAUAACAACAGUACUAGAAACAAAAAAAACAAAAAAAAUUGCCUUGCCUUUCGAAUAAAAUGUUGUUAUCUAUGCUCCACUUUUUUUAUUUAGAACUGUAAAGAAAAGUUUCAUAAAUAUUUUUGGAUGGUUUUAUGGAGAGUGGGAAUCUCAGUGUGCAUCCACCCUUACUGUAACUAAGAAAAGACAACCACAGUCAAACAAACAAACAGACAAACAUCACGCACCAGACACACUGCAUAUAUAAAGUGAAUCGUUUUAAAACACAGUCUCUCAACAAAAAAAAACCUGUCAGCGUCAUUUUGAACAACCGUGAUUAUUGUCUUUUGUUACUUGACUACAAACAUGUGAAACAUGAAAAAAGUACUCAUAUAUAUAUACAUAUAUAUAUAUAUAUACUGUGUUUUAACAUAUUGCACACUUCCUCCUCCCUCAGAGUGAGGAACCAAAAUGUGAUUUAUCAUGUUGGUUCAUGUGGUUUUAUUAUUAAAAUCAAUUAAAUAUUGCUUUGCCUUUAUAUAUCGCUUAAAGGACAAUGAACAAACCAGGGGAAAAUUGUUAUUUUAACAAACAAAAUUGGCCCAAACUCUCUCUACACUACAGGCUGGCAAAUUUAAUCAAUCAAUAAUAUUCAGUAACAUUCAGUGCAGUGUUGUAUUUUGUUAGUCCGAGUUGUUAAGAUAUGUCUAUUUUAUUCAUUUCACUUCACUGGUGUGACAACAAAAAUCAGUUUUCAGAUACAAAAUGUUGAAGCAAAGGCACAAAGAGUUUAUAUUAAAACAUUUUUGGUAGCCGUGACACUUAUCAGCUUCGGUUAGCUGUAUUAAAAUGAGACGUGUGCACAAUGAUAUCAGACAACUGAAUAAAUUGAAUUGAAAAGUGCUGCCUUUUAGUUAAGACACUCUCCCUUUAUCUGCCAUCCAUCAUUAAAACCAAACACAAAGAGCAAAGGUCACAUUUACUUUGGUUCUGCAAUUCGUCACAUUUACUUUUCCUCCGAGCCCACUGAGGUGUGCAGGCUGAAACUUUAAUUGGACAAACUCACUCAACAGUCUAAUAAGAAAAUGAUUCUGGCUCCAUAGUGAUCGACCCGUGGGUCGAAUGUAUGGCUGGAAAUUCGGACAUCGCUUCAGCUCCAUCAUUAUAUCCCCUCAUUUGAUCAGAUGUUUGGACUUGAAUCACGUUUUGAGUCACAAAAACCCUUCUAAUCUAGAGGUUAACACUGCUGAUACAAAGAUAAAAGGGUUCCAUUUUAAAAUGCCAACUAAUGAAGGUUGUGUAAGUUAAUAUCAAAACAGUAAAAAAAAAUUGUAUGUCAGCCAUCGUUUUUUCAUCAGGAGGUGUUGGUGUUUGGAGAUUUGACAAAUUUUAGUCUCUGGUGAACAGUCGUUUCAUUGUUUCGCAGCCAUUUUGUUCAUUGCUUUUGAUGCUCAUGACCAGAACCAGCAUACGUAUAUUUAAAAAAAAAAUUAUAAAAAUUCAAAAAAGGCAAACUGUUCAGUCUGUGCUUUGUUGCAUACCUCUUAUUUUUGCUUGAGCGCGGUCAGGCUCAUUAAUGGACGUAUCAAGACAGUGUUGUAUUGAAGAUGAUGUGAAUGCCAGAAAUGUUUAUCCUUCUUAUUUCCUCAAAAGCUUUAUUGUAUUGUAACAGUUCAUGGCCGUUCAUCUGUAUACUUCGUUUUUUAAUGUACUGAUUGAUUUUUUCUUUUUUUUUUCUUUUUUUUGUCCUGGAUUAGUACAUUUCUUUUGUAUAAUUAUUAUUGAGAUGAUUAUUUGUCAAUAGCAAAGUGUUGUUAAGAUCUGGUGAUGCCAUUUCCAUUGCUUGUUUAGUUGUUUGAAAUGUGGUUAACAUAAAAUAAAGGGGACCAAAAUGUUAAA